AUGUCUGCAUUCAAAGCACCAGCUGUCAAUACUCAAGAUCUUAUAAAUAGAAUCUUGCAGCUUGAACAGAUUACUAAGAAACUUGAAGAGCAGAACUGUAAAUUGAAACAUCAUAAUAAGCAGCUUGAGGUCCAGGUUAUAGCCAUCUUAUCUACUGAACAACAGGAAAAGAAAGAUAAAGUCAAAGUCAAUCCACUAGAACUCUUCAAGAAUAAAGUUAAUCAGAACAAUAAUAUGCUUAAGAUUAUUGACAGUUAUGACAUCUUUAUUCAGAUAUUGAAAACCACUUUCAGAGAAGUUGAAGAAUGA